CGUCACAAUACGUCAUCACGCUUGCACUAGGAAUUGCAAGAUGGCGGAGAGUGCGGAAUUGAAGCAAAUGGUGAUGAGCCUGCGCGUUUCAGAGCUGCAGGUUCUGCUAGGUUACGCGGGCCGCAACAAACACGGGCGAAAACAUGAGCUGUUAACCAUGGCCUUGCAUCUCCUGAAAGCCGGCUGCAGCCCCGCCGUGCAGAUGAAGAUCAAGGAGCUGUACUGCAGACGCUUCCCCACCAAGAUGGGCUCUCCCUCAGAGCUGGUCCUGCCCGGACCACACUACCCUGCCUCGGGAGGAGGGGGCACCGCCGCCCUACCUGCCGGCCUCAGCCAGCUGGCGUAUGAGGGCCACAGGCACGGGGGAGUACCCUCGCCGGCUGCCCUGCUGCCCAUCUCGUUGCUGGGGCCUGGCAAGCAUGAGCUCAGCGGGCUGGCGCACCACCUGCCCACCUCGGCCACCCUGCAUCCGGUGCACCCAGACGUCAAGCUGCAGAGGCUGCCCUUCUACGAUAUGCUGGACGAGCUCAUCAAACCCACCAGUCUAGCAUCGGACAACAGCCAGCGGUUUCAGGAAACGUGUUUUGCGUUCGCACUAACGCCGCAGCAAGUCCAACAGAUUAGCAGCUCAAUGGACAUCUCGGGGACCAAAUGUGACUUCACAGUACAAGUUCAAUUACGGUUUUGUCUCUCUGAGACGAGUUGUCCUCAGGAAGACCACUUUCCGCCCAAUCUGUGUGUGAAGGUGAACGGGAAGCCAUGCAACCUCCCGGGUUAUCUUCCUCCAACGAAAAACGGUGUGGAGCCGAAGCGCCCCAGCCGGCCCAUCAACAUUACCUCAGUGGUCAGACUAUCCACCACAGUCCCCAACACCAUCGUGGUGUCUUGGACCUCAGAGGUUGGAAGGCACCUUCUGUGUUUUCAGAGCUACUCUAUGGCGGUGUACCUGGUCAAGCAGCAGUCGUCCACAGUACUGUUGCAGAGACUACGGUCCAAAGGCAUCAGGAACCCAGACCAUUCCAGAGCACUCAUCAAAGAGAAGCUAACCGCAGAUCCAGACAGUGAAAUCGCCACCACCAGCCUGCGUGUGUCGCUGCUCUGUCCGCUGGGGAAGAUGCGUCUGAUGAUCCCGUGCCGGGCACUGAGCUGUUCCCACCUGCAGUGUUUUGACGCUACGCUGUACAUCCAGAUGAAUGAGAAGAAACCCACCUGGGUUUGUCCCGUCUGUGAUAAGAAAGCCCCCUACGAACAUCUCAUCAUUGACGGGUUGUUUAUGGAGAUCCUGAACAGCUGUGUAGACUGUGAUGAGAUCCAGUUUAAGGAGGAUGGCUACUGGGCCCCCAUGAGGACAAAGAAGGAAGUACAGGAGGUCUCGUCAGCCUCCUACAGCAACGGACUGGAAGGCUUGCACCGGUCGGCGGUAGGGGAACAGAGGAGCUCGUCGUCCCACAACGGGGGCAGUAGUAGGAUGAAGGUGGAGGUGAUCGACCUGACCCUGGACAGCUCCUCAGAGGACGACGAUGAUGACCAACCGCCCCUCAAGAGGCCCUGCCCCUCUCUGUCCCCCACCUCCCCUCCCAUCGUCAACAAGGGAGUGUUGAACCUGCACCACCAGGUGUCCCCAGUGAGCCGGACCCCCAGCAUGCCGUCUGUGGACACCAGCUACAUCCCCCCUGUACCUCCCCUCAUCCAGGACUACCGUCCCUACUACCACGCCCCAACCCAGCUCACAGAUGUGAAUUUCUUCUCCUUUCUACAAGGGGACAACCAUCAGCAUUACAACAUGGUGAUGGCCGCCGCCGCCGCCGCCUCGGCCUCAGACGACCACGAGCUCCUCCUCAACCACUUCCGUCCCUACACCACCUCUUCCUCGUCCCAGCUGUUCCUGGACCAAUCUGGGGCGCCCUCCUCUGGCUCGCUGGCGCCCGUCAACGGUGGUGAUGGCGGCGGAAACAGCAGCGGUGGCAGCAGCAGUAGCCUAGUGUCCUCUAGCAGUCUGAGAGACACUCACAGCACACACUCCACACACUCACACACACACCCCACGCACUCACACACACACCCCACGCACUCACACACACACCCCGGCGUAGGAGGUCGGUCCAGUGCUGAUGUGACGGCGGCCGCAUCCCUCUACGGGGCCGUCCCCGACGUGAUCUCACUAGACUGACGAUUUUGUUUUCGGCGACUAGCGACUGACUCCGAAACAGAGGGUUUGUUGGUUGUUUAAUGGAGGAUGCAGUCAUGACUACUAAACUGACGCAGAAACAGUUUAACGGUCCCACCCAGUCUACAGCUCUGGUUUUGAGUUGUGUCGUUAAGGCUGACUCCAGAACAGUGGAAUACCUGUCUGUGGCGGAGCCGGUCCCCAGGUGUCGUUUGACUGGGCUGACCCAGGAACAGUUAUAAAGUCACACCCCACAGAUGGUUGGGAUUGGCACCUAGUGUUGCUAGUUACCGGUUGGUAGCUGGCUCCCUGACGACAUUCCACUAGACUGACUCCAGAACAGUUACCGGUUGGUAGCUGGCUCCCUGACGACAUUCCACUAGACUGAUAUCAGAGAGGUCUAUGGGUUUCAUCUCUGACGUCGACAGACUGGACCUAGAUCAGCUCCCUGCCGGUACCUACCAGAAACGCUAGCCGUGCAAAAACGGAGGAAGGCUCUUUUUUUUUUUUUUAGGAAAAGAGUAACGCUGUGUACAGAGAACAAAAAGUCUAUUUUCUCUUUUUACUUUUGUAUAUUAAUUAAUUGAAGAAUUUUUCUGUCCCGUAAGUAACUUCAGUUGCUAUUUUGAAGUGGAGACUGAAGAUGUAUCCACACACCUAUACAUACGUUUCCCCUCGAUAAAAUGAACUUUAAUAUCUCAUUACUUUUCUUUGGUUUUUAUCCUGUUAGAUCUGAUGGGGAUUUUCCUCACACAUUCAUGGCAUUACCUCUUGACAUUUUCAACUCUCUCUACUCUUCAUUUUUGAAAUCACAGUUGAAUUUGUUCUCCAAGACAAUAUCUUUUCCCUGGUUGACUUGUUUGUUACUGUAUAAUUUGUUUUGGUAUUCUGCGUUCUAAGUUAUAUGUAAGAUAUAUGAAUAAGUCUCUCUGGAUAAGUGGAUCUGCUAAAUGACGUGAACAUGCAUUCCCUAAGGACUUCAGCUUGAUGCUGUGGGGAGUGUACAGCUAGGUGGGUGAUAUUAGACAUUUCUGAUUUUCGUCUCUGUUAAGGGCCAGUGCCGUCAGAAUUCUGUUUCCAGGUGUUUUUAUCAUAGUGCACAACGGCUGAUGAAA